AUGGCUGCUGGAUUCAUCCUCGGGCUGGGCUUAGUGUCUACCGUUCUAUAUUUCCUGAUCACAAUCAUCUACAACAUCUACUUCCACCCUCUAGCAAAAUUUCCCGGUCCGGUUUCUUGCGCCGCUACAAGAAUCCCCUACCUACGAGCCGUCAUCUCUGGCAAGAUCGGACAAAGUUUCAAGUCGUUGCACAAAGAAUACGGUGAUGUGGUUCGUAUUGCUCCCGAUGAGCUCUCCUUUAUCAAUGGCGAAGCCUGGAAGACAAUCUAUGGCAGUCGCCCUGGACAUGGGCAAAAUCCUAAGGAUACUCGUAUCUACCCCCCAACAGCAAAGGGAGCUCCUAGCAUCAUCCUCUCGAACGAUGAAGACCACACCCGUUUCCGUCGUACGCUAUCCCAUGCCUUCUCCGAAAGCUCUUUAAAGGCCCAGGAAUCUAUUGUAAAAGGAUAUGUGGACUUGUUGAUACAGCGUCUGCAUGAGAACGCCGAUAAUGGGAAUAACUCGCUUGACAUGGUUGCUUGGUACAACUUCACCACUUUCGACGUCAUUGGUGAUAUGGCAUUUGGUGAGUCCUUCAACUGCCUGGAAACGUCCGCCUACCAUAAAUGGGUCUCGAUGAUCUUUAGCAAUAUCCGAUAUGCGUCUUACAACAAUAUUGUGAAACGAUUUCCUGGAUCGAAGUUCCUCCUUGGCCUUAUCACACCCGCACACAUUGUCUCGCAGAGGAGCUGGCACAUUGAACUCACAAAGGAAAAAGUGAAGAAUCGACUAUCCAAGUCAAAUGAUCGGGCCGAUUUCUUCAGUCACAUUCUCAAACAUAAAGAUACCGACCGGGCGUUAUCCUUCGACGAGAUGGUCACGAACGGAAGCACACUGAUUAUUGCCGGGUCGGAAACCACUGCCACCUUACUCUCAGGCGUGACCUACCAUCUUUUAAAGAAUGGGCGUGUCCUGAAAAACCUCGUGGAGGAAAUCCGGAGCUCCUUCCAGACCGAAGACCAGAUCAAUAUCACCACUUGCAAUCAGCUGAAAUACCUUAACGCGGUGCUCACUGAAGGAUUGCGCGUCUACCCACCUGUCCCUGGCUCAUUGCCUCGUGUUUUGAAGGGGCCCGGUGACACGAUUGCUGGCCAUUGGGUUCCAGGAGGUACCGUUGUAUCCGUCUCCCAACUCGCUGCAUUCCAUUCACCCAGUAACUUUACGGAAUCUGAAUCCUUCAUCCCUGAACGUUUCCUCGGAGAUCCUCGAUUCAGCAACGACAGCCAAACCGUGCUGCAGCCAUUCAGCGUCGGACCACGGAAUUGCAUUGGACGCAAUUUGGCAAACGCCGAGAUGCGCCUCAUCCUGACCCGCGUGCUGUUCAAUUUCGACAUGGAAUUGGACGUACGUAGCGAUGAUUGGGCAAAUCAAGAUACUUAUCUUCUUUGGGAUAAGCCGAGUUUACUCGUCAAGAUGAGAGCCCGGUGA